GUUUUACACGCAACUUUAAUAUUGAAAUUAAAUAUUAUCAGCAAAGUAAAACAUAUUAUUUUCUUACGGAACUAUUAAUUAACUUAAGUAAAAAACACAAUAGCUUCUUCGGUCAAUAUGAUACAGUUUCGUACUUUGCCAUGUUGAAACUGAUUCAUUUUGUUUCGUUGUAAUCAGAAUCAGCAUUAUUUUAUUUUCAUAUAGCUAAGUAUGUGACAAUAAAUCUUUGACCGCAGUCAGUAUUCACACUUUUUUUUAAUCAGUUUGUCAUAUUUUCUAAGAUUCACUUUAGAUAUUAUUUUUAGUUUAGUUUAAAGUACAUUUAUUAGUAUUUAGUUGAAACACUGAUAACGGUACGAUUAGUAAACUUAUCUCUAAUAAUUCAAGUUGCAAUGUGCUUGCAAAAUUAUGCAAUAAUUGAAAAUACAACAAAUAAUCACAUUACUUAUUUACUCCGGGCAAUAGCCAAUUUAUCUUUCAGUCACAUGCCUUUGGUCAAAUCUUUGUCAAAAAAAAUCAAAUUCUGUAUUAAAGAAAUACCUUCUUGAUCCCCAUCUUUUUUUCUUGUAAUUUUUUGUAACAAUGUAAUGUGGUGUUAUUUACGGUUUAAUGAUUUGCAAAUUUGAAUAUUUCUGAUAUCAAAUAUCCCGAAAGGUGGCACAACACUCCUUGAGAGUUUAAAAAGUCAUGCGCCUAGUUUCAGCGCGGUUCUGCUGUUCCAAUUGAUUGCGACGUCGCGUUACGAAAUAGUCACAUAUCGAUCACAUACAAAAUGAAAAGUUUAAUAUCAAAAUCGUUGUUAUUUAAUUUAAACAAAACUCAAAUAACAAGGUCUGGCAAUGCUCUAAUAAAACUACUCUCAUCAGUGAAACAUUCUUCAGAAAAAAAUGAUCGUGUCCAACAACCGAAUGCUGCAUCUAAAGUGCAUAGAAGAAAAUUUUCUCUUAUCCAUGACUUUAAUUAUAUGCGUUAUGGUGAAAACAGGAACGAGGAUGCUUUAUUUGAAAUGUUCAAAAGUGAGGAGACAGGAUUACUCUCUAUAGGGAAAUUUCUCUCAGCUUUAAGGACUACUGGUUUGCGCAAAAGUGACCCUCGAUUAAAGGAAAUGAUGGAAACUCUAAAACGCACCCAAAAAGAGACUGAUACUCAGAGAUUAAAUUUGGAAACUUUUCGAAGUAUCGUGUCACCUUGUAUCGGUUUGAUCUCUCGUGCGUUUCGUCACCAGUUCAUAAUUCCCGAAUUCCAAGAUUUUUGCAAAGAAUUGGAGGAGAUUUAUUGGAAAUGCAAGGAAAACACAAACGGCAAAGUAGCGUCUUAUAUCCCGCAAUUGAAGCGGAUGAAUCCGAAUUAUUGGGGUGUUAGUGUGUGCACAAUAGAUGGUCAACGAUUUUCUAUUGGGGAUGUCAAUAUCCCCUUCACGAUCCAAUCCUGCAGUAAACCCCUUACUUAUGGGAUCGCUUUGGAUCUGUUAGGAGAAGAGGUGGUUCAUAAAUACGUGGGACAAGAACCUAGUGGUAGAAAUUUCAACGAGCUAAUCCUAGACCAUAAUAAGAAACCACAUAAUCCCAUGAUUAACGCUGGGGCAAUUUUGGUUUGUGCUCUCCUCAAAACCGUCGCCGGUCCUGAAAUGACCCUCGCAGAGAAGUUUGACUACACUCUAAACUAUUUUGUGCGAUUAGCAGGAGGAGAAGAUUUAGGGUUCAAUAAUGCCGUAUUUUUGUCGGAGAGAGAAGCGGCUGAUCGGAAUUACGCUUUAGGUUUCUACAUGAGAGAACACAAAUGUUUUCCCGAGAAAACCAAUUUCAAGGAAUGCAUGGAUUUUUACUUCCAGUGCUGUUCUUUGGAGAUGAGCAGCGAUACUCUUUCUGUAAUGGGGGCUACGUUAGCGAACGGGGGAAUUUGUCCCCUAACCGAGGAAAAAGUUUUAAAAUCGGAGAGUGUCCGUGACGUGUUGUCAUUGAUGCACAGUUGCGGAAUGUACGACUAUUCCGGUCAAUUUGCAUUCAAGGUCGGUCUACCAGCAAAGUCAGGAGUCAGCGGGGCUUUGUUAGUAGUGAUUCCAAAUGUCAUGGGAAUAUCCCUUUGGUCCCCACCUUUAGAUCCAUUAGGUAAUAGCUGUAGGGGAGUGCAAUUCUGUGAGGAGUUGGUAAAAAAAUUCAAUUUCCACAGAUACGACAAUCUCUUACACUCUUCUAACAAAUCUGACCCUAGAAAACAUAAAUUUGAAACCAAAGGGAUGAAUGUGGUUAAUUUGUUAUUUUCGGCAGCUGCUGGUGAUUUACCGGGACUCAGAAGGCAUAAACUUUCCGGUAUGGAUAUGACUUUGGCCGACUAUGACGGACGUACGGCUCUCCAUUUGGCAGCAGCAGAGGGUCAUAUCCACUGUGUCAAUUUCCUUUUACAACAGUGCAAUGUACAACAUGACAUAAAAGAUAGAUGGGGAAGGUCUCCGCUGGAUGAAGCUUUGACGUUUGGACAUUCAGCAGUUGCAGAUUUUUUACAAGACUGGGAUGAGCGCUUUCAAAGAACUUCGGAAAAUAUGAUGAAGGCCGGUGGUACUCUUCCUGGGAUUAACUGAAUGAUUUAGGAAGUUCAUCUAGUCAUGGAGAAAUAGCCAUAAAGAUAUUUCCCUUGUUUGUCUUGACAGUAUUGUAUUUUUUUCUUAAGUUGGUAAUAAUUUUGUAAUUUUUGUGUGAGAAUGACAAUAAAUUUAUUAUUUGUU